CCGCCCCCUGUGAGUGUGUAAGUGUGUGCUGCGCCUUGGCUGCCGCCGCCUGUGCAGCCGCCGCCUGUGCAGCCACCGCUGCCGCUGCCACCCUGGCUGCUGAGCCGCGCCACUGCCACUGCCUCACUCGCCCCCGCCUCUGCCGUCGCCACCCGCCCGCAGCCUUCUAAGCUGGCGGCCCAGGCAGCCCCAGCUUUAAGCGGCCACAGCCGCAGCCUGGGCGCGAAGCUGCGGAGCGAGUGGACCUGAGCCGGCGGUCAGGCGCUUGCCUGCCUGGUGCCAUCGCCUUCGCCGUCACCGCCACUGCUCGGGAGCGCAAGAACAGAUACCCCGGGCGCUCACUGCUGCCGCUAAUGCAGCCCGAGCACUUUUAACCGGGCGGGAGAGCCAAAGAGCCACGCAGCCGACUACAGAGAGAGCCGCUCAGCUCUAGCCGCACCGACACGCAGAGAGCAGGGACAGACGGCCGCAAGCCGCCGCCGCCUCCCGGCCGCUAUGGAUCUAUUCGACUUUUUCAGGGAUUGGGACUUGGAACAACAGUGUCACUAUGAACAGGACCGUAGUGCACUUAAAAAAAGGGAAUGGGAACGGAGAAAUCAAGAAGUUCAACAAGAAGAUGAUCUCUUUUCUUCAGGCUUUGAUCUUUUUGGGGAGCCCUACAAGACAAACAAAGGGGAUGCCCUUGCUAACCGAGUCCAGAACACUCUUGGAAGUUACGAUGAAAUGACGGAUCUACUAACUAACCAUUCCAAUCAGAAUCAUCUGGUGGGCAUUCCGAAGAAUUCUGUGCCCCAAACGCCUAUCAGCAAAAGUGAAGCAAGCUUUUAUCCAGAACAAAAGAAUCGAAUAAUCCCAUCUCACCAGGAGAAUACUCACUCCUCAGCACCAAUGCCUCCACCUUCAGUGGUGAUACUGAAUUCCACACUAAUACACAGCAACAGAAAAUCAAAACCUGAGUGGCCACGAGAUAGUCACAACACUAGCCCUGGACAACCAAGCCAGGUCAGUAGUCAGUCAAACCAGAUGCAGACAUCCUCACAGGAUCCACCUCACACCCGACUAGAAGACUUCUUUGUUUACCCAGCUGAGCAAACCCAAAGUGGUACAGUUGAAAAAUCAAAUCCAUCUGCAAAGGAAGAUAAUAACACCAAGUCUGGAGAAGAUGCUUUCAAAGAAAUCUUUCAGUCUAACUCACCAGAAGAAUCUGAAUUUACAGUGCAAACACCUGGGUCUCCCCUAGUUGCCUCCUCUUUAUUAGCACCCAGCAGUGGCCUUUCAGUCCCGACCUUCCCACCAGGGCUUUACUGCAAAACAAGCAUGGGGCAACAAAAGCCAACUGCAUAUGUAAGGCCCAUGGAUGGGCAGGACCAGGCAACUGACAUCUCUCCAACACUGAAGCCUUCCAUUGAAUUUGAGAACAGCUUUGGAAACCUCUCCUUUGGAUCACUGUUGGAUGGGAAACCCAGUACAACCAGUUCAAAGACUAAACUGCCGAAAUUCACAAUCCUGCAAACAAGUGAAGUAAGCCUUCCCAGUGAUCCAAGCUGUGUUGAGGAAAUCCUGCGGGAAUCUCAGCAUCUGACUCCAGGAUUUACCUUACAAAAGUGGAAUGACCCAACCAGCAGAGCUUCUACAAAGUCAGUAUCAUUGAAAUCGAUACUUGAGGAUGACCUGAAGCUGAGCAGUGAUGAAGAUGACUUUGAGCCUGUGAAGACCUUGACCACUCAAUGCACAGCCAAUGAGCUCUACCAGGCUGUUGAAAAGGCAAAACCUAAGAAUAAUCCUGUGAACCCACUCUUGGCCACACCACGGCCUCCACCUGCAGUGCAAGCAAAUGGGGGGUCUGGCAGCUCCAGUGAAUCAGAGAGUAGUUCAGAAUCGGAUUCAGACACUGAAAGCAGCACUACCGACAGUGAAUCCAAUGAGGCUCCUCGAGUGGCCACUCCAGAGCCUGAGCCACCCUCCACAAACAAAUGGCAGCUAGACAAAUGGCUAAACAAAGUUACAUCCCAGAAUAAGUCAUUUAUUUGUGGCCAAAAUGAGACACCCAUGGAGACCAUUUCUCUGCCUCCUCCAAUAAUACCACCAGUGGAAGUCCAGGUCAAAGUGAAACCAAACUCCAGCCAGGCUGUGGCUGGACCCAAAGAAAGACCUCUCCUCAGCCUCAUUAGGGAAAAGGUGCGACCAAGGCCCAAUCAAAAAAACCCAGAAACAAAGGCUUUGAAGCAUAAGUUGUCAACAUCAGUUGAUACAGUUUCUCAAAGGACAACUGGGAAGAAACAGCCCAAAAAAGUUGAGAAAAACAGCAGCUUUGAGGAGUUUACCUGGCCCAAACCAAAUAUUACCAGCAGCACUCCCAAAGAAAAAGAAAUCGUAGAGCUUCCUGAUCCACCUCGAAGCCGUAACAAAGCCACUGCCCAUAAACCAGUCCCUAGGAAAGAACCAAGGCCUCAUGCCCCUUUGGCCACCGAGAAGAAGAAGUUUAGGGGGCCUGGGAAGAUUGUGCCAAAGUCCCGGGAAUUCAUUGAAACAGAUUCAUCUACAUCUGACUCCAACACAGACCAAGAAGAGACCCUGCAGAUCAAAGUACUGCCUCCUUGUACUGCUCCUGGAAAUAAUACUUCUAAAUUCAAGGAUAGUUCUAAUGCUAGCCUGACCCUUAGCACCUUGACCAGCAGCAGCAGCAACUUAUCCACCAGCAAUGAGGAGACAGUUUUUUCACUUCCUCCUGCCAUGCGAACUGAGGUUUUGUCCCCUCUACGGGAUCAUGAAAAUCCAAAAAACCUCUGGGUGAAGAUUGACCUUGACUUACUUUCAAGAGUACCUGGCCAAAACACAGUCUCAGCAACACCUGCCAAGACAGAGCACAAGGAGACUGCCUCAAAACCUAAGCGUCAAACUGCAGCUACCGCUAUGGAAAAACUAGCCCCUAAGGGCAAGCGUAAGCACAAGCCAGCAGAAGCUGCAGAGAAAAUCCCUGAGAAGAAGCAACGCCUGGAGGACAACAGUACUAUCUGCUUGCUUCCUCCUUGCAUUUCACCAGCCCCACCCCAUAAGCCUUCCAACACUAGAGACAAUUUAUCCAGGAGACCAAACAGGAAAAAAGAAGAAAAGCUGUUUCCUCCUGCACUUUCCCCACUGCCCGAGGACACUCCACGUCGCAGAAAUGCCAGUGGCAACAAUGGGCUCUUCAGUCAAGACAAAAACAUCUCCAUGGCUGGACCACUUACCUCUACCAAACCUAAGAGAAGUGAAGGCAAAUUCUGUGCUACUUUCAAAGGAAUAACCAUAAAUGAUGGAGAUACUCCAAAAAAGGCUGCUUCUGCUACCGUUACUGUCACCAAUACAGCUAUUGCCACUGCCAUUGUCACUGCCACUGUCACAGCUACUGCCACCACCACUGCCACAGCCACCACUACAACCACCACUACUACUAUUUCUACCAUCACCUCCACAAUUACUACUGGCCUUAUGGAUAGCAGUCACCUGGAGAUGACUUCCUGGGCAGCUCUGCCCCUCCUGUCCAGCAGCAGCACCAAUGUCCGGAGACCCAAACUCACUUUUGAUGACUCUGUUCACAAUGCUGAUUUUUACAUGCAAGAGGCUAAGAAGCUGAAACACAAAGCUGAUGCACUGUUUGAGAAAUUUGGCAAAGCUGUGAAUUAUGCUGAUGCAGCCCUCUCCUUCACUGAAUGUGGCAAUGCCAUGGAACGUGAUCCCCUAGAAGCAAAGUCUCCAUAUACCAUGUAUUCUGAGACUGUGGAGCUCCUCAGGUAUGCGAUGAGGCUGAAGAACUUUGCAAGCCCCUUAGCUUCUGAUGGGGACAAAAAGCUAGCAGUAUUAUGCUACCGAUGCUUGUCACUUCUCUAUUUGAGAAUGUUUAAACUGAAGAAGGAUCAUGCUAUGAAGUACUCCAGAUCACUGAUGGAAUAUUUUAAGCAAAAUGCUUCAAAAGUUGCUCAGAUACCAUCUCCUUGGGUAGGCAAUGGAAAGAAUACUCCAUCCCCAGUAUCUCUAAACAAUGUCUCUCCCAUCAAUGCAAUGGGGAAUUGUAACAACGGUCCUGUCACCAUCCCCCAGAGAAUCCACCACAUGGCUGCUAGCCAUGUCAAUAUUACCAGUAAUGUGCUUCGGGGCUAUGAACACUGGGAUAUGGCUGACAAACUGACAAGAGACAAUAAAGAAUUCUUUGGCGAUCUGGAUACACUGAUGGGGCCUCUGACCCAGCACAGCAGCAUGACCAAUCUUGUCCGCUACGUUCGCCAGGGACUGUGUUGGCUGCGCAUCGAUGCCCAUUUGUUGUAGUGGGUGCUCUCCCAAAUCUAGAAUCAACAUCCAUUCCCCUACUUUUACCAGUGCCUUGAUGGUCACUGGUGGAACUCCACUCAUUUGGGAAAGUUCUCUUUCAUUAUGUUUGUUUUUAUGCAUUUUUGAUAUCUGUGAAAAACUGAAAAACUGAAGUCAUUGUUAGUGGACACUACAACUUGAGAGAAGUGUAUGUUUUAUUUUUCAAUAUUUGAUAUGCAUUUCUCAUAUCUCAUGAUUUUUGUGCUUUAUGGAAUGAAAAUUUCUAUAAUAUUGAUUUAAGUCCACUUGCUUCAAAACAAAGAAUAAGAAGCACAUGUGAUGAUGAGAGGCUCCUGAGAACUCAAACAAGAGGUCUAACAUACACAUGAACAAGGGACUUGAAGAGAUUCUGACAGUAGCCAUUCCCCAAACUAUACUCUUGGGUCCAGAAAAGAAUUUAUUUCAGAAUCCAUUGCUAAACAAUAUCUGUGUUUCUCACAGACUAAAUCUUCAGGUGAGAAUCUCCAUUGUCAAAUCCCACAGACUUGAUGUUUUAACUACAGUAUAAAGUGAAGAGUAGUAAGAAAGUACAAGCAUAAGAAUUCUACUCUUGCAGUGACACAACCAGAAGACUCUUUUGUUAACAUCCUGUCCUGAUUACUUGUUUUUCUACUAUUUUAUUUGGAUAACUUUAUGGCAUUAGGUUAACUCCUCACCUGAGAUUAUUUGUGCAAAGCUCCCUUUACAAGGAACAGUUUGGCAGAUGCACAUCUUAGUUAUCAAAAUAACACAUUCAUCUUAGACUUGAGAAAUUAGAAUGGACUGAAAGAUGUUCCUCAAAGAAAUCCAUGCUUCUGCCUCAUUUGUAGCCAAAAACUUCAAGUACUUUGAUAGAUUUGCAUAUCAAAUCUGUGAAAUCAAGUGUCAUGUUACCACUUCCUAGAAUUAAUUAAUUUCCUGAUAUCCUCUCUAUCUGGACUUUCCAAAUAUUAUCCAUAUUUUCUAUUUUAUAGAACUUCUUUUCCCCCUUUCUUUUAUUAUUUCUUUCAGGAGCUCUUGGCUAAAAUACAAUCACUGACUUUUAUUAAAAUUUAUAUUAAUAUAAAUCAUUUACAUGAAAAUUCGCAA